UAUAUUUCUUUAAAAUUUAAAAAUUUUUCAGAAUUAGUUUCUGCUGAUUCUAAAAUAUCGAAAACAAAAAAAGUAUUUAUUACAAAAGGAAGUGAUAUUCCUUUGAAAAACAAAUGCAUUUUUUUCCUGUCACUGAAACCAGAUAUUGAAAUUACCAAAAAGAAUGUUUCAGAGGAUGUCUUUGUUGGAAUGAUCAAUGCACAAACAGAUGAUGAGUUUGGAAAUGCCAUAAUAUUAAGAAUACAAUUUGCUUUACAAAAAGUUUAUAGUCCAUUGCUUAAUAUAACUAGCAGUUCAAUAUUAGCAUCUUUAUCUGAAGAUGUUCAGGAAAAUUGGCAAUAUUUUUUACAAUCUUUUCAAUCAUUUGACAAUUUUCUAACAGCUGCUUUGAAAUGUAUCAAUGGACAAGUGAAGUUAAAAGAACAUGAAGCAUUAGAUCUUUCUAAAAUUAAAACCGUAGAAGAUAUUAAAAAGCUUUUUGAGAAACCAGAAAAACUUUUUGCAAUUGAAUCUUUGAUUAAAGUUUGGAAUAGACAAAUUGAACAGGUAAUAUCAGAAAGUCGACAAAUACGUAAAGAAUCUGAUGAUGUUGGACCUGUCACUGAAUUGGAACACUGGAGAUAUCUUCUUGCGAGAUACAGUUCUCUGAUCAAGCAAAUAAAGCAUGAAGAUUGUAAAACAGUUAUGCAAAUACUUUCUGUUUCCAAAUCAAAAAGUUUGAAGGCCUGGAAAGAAACUAUAGCUUGUUUCACAGAUCAGUAUAAUGAAGCAAUAGAGAAUGUAAAAUAUCUUCAAUCUUUACAAAAGUUUUAUGAACCAUUAUAUAGGAAUAAUUUAAAUGUAGUUUCUGAAGCAAUACCAAACCUCAUUAAUUCCAUUCAAAUGACACAUUCUGUAUCAAGAUCAUAUAAUACUUCAGAACAUAUGACAUCUUUAUUUGUAAAGGUAACGAAUCAAUUAGUUCAAACAUGUAAAAAUUAUUUGAAAACCAACUUAAAUUUAUCUCCAUGGGAUCAGCCUCAGAAUAUUGUAAAGGAAAAGAUGAAUGCUUGUUUGGCAUUAAGCAAAAAAUACAGAAACUGCUUUCAUAGAAUUAAAAAGGAAGCAAUUGAUAUCCCUGGACGACGUCCAUUUAUUUUUUCUGAAAUAUAUGUAUUUGGAAGAUUUGAUAACUUUUGCAAGAGAUUGGAAAAGAUAAUAGAACUGAUAGAUGAAAUGAACAGAUAUGAAAUAUUAGCUGUUAAUUGCAUAGGACCACUACUAAAGAUUGGAAAUAAAUUUAAAAAUGCUUGUGCAGCUAUAAAAUCCACAUCUUAUGACUUUUAUGAUUAUCAUAAUAAAGAAAUUGAUAAAUCUAUUGCCAACUUUCAUGAUCAGAUGAAAAAAUUAAAGGAAGAUAUACAAGAUAUUGUUGAUAAGAGAUUUGCAAAAAUUAAUUAUUCAUAUCUUGCUUUGAAAACGCUAAAGAGAUUUGAAGAUCUCAAAAUUCCUGAUCUUAAUUUUACGAAAUCAUAUAUUAAUAUACUUAAGCACUUUGGAGAUGAAUUAGAUACAUAUUCAAUGGGAACCGAUCUGAUCUAAUUUUACCUGGUAACAGAGAAAGACCAAUCUGGGACGAGAAACGGG